CAUCAAAAACGUAGAAGGAGCUUUGUAGUUCAAUUCAGCUUGAAUCCUGACUUUGUAUUUCUCCAAGAAGUCGUGAGCAGAGAAUUGCCGACAAUUGAUCGCUUGUCAAAAAUGUACAACAUUUUCUACUCGAAUAAGGACUACCUAUACUACACAGCAAUACUUGUCAGCAAAGUGUUCGAAGUUAAAAGGCAUGAAGUAAUCCACUAUCAGAACUCUGGAAUGGGUCGGACGUUGCAGAUUUUAGAGGGAAAAAUAGGCGUACAAAGGGUGUUCUUACUAAAUACUCAUUUGGAAAGCAUGCGGGAGCACAGUAAAGCAAGGAAGGAGCAGUUUCAAAUCUGCAUGGAAAAGAAUUCAAGAACUGAUCUCCAAGCACCCGAAUUGUCCUCUUGUUCUUCGAUUUCCAAUGUACCUCGUGGUGUUGCGGAUGCUUGGUUAGCAGCAGGUGCUAAAAAGGACACGGAGUUCACAUGGGAUACCCGAAAGAAUGAUAAUAAACACAGUUUCGGAGCUAGAAAUAGGUUCGACCGCAUAUUCUGGUAUGGACCACUGUCCAAGGUUAAGUUUGCGCUUGCCGGUCAACAGAGGAUAAGAAGUUGCCUUUGUUUCCCUUCUGACCAUUGGGCUGUACAUUGUGAAUUCUCAUAA